GUUCACUGUGAUUUUUGGAUGUCGUUGCCCAAGAUACCAAAUUCGGAUAAAAAUUACUCGAAUUUCGAAAACAACACAAGAAAUUUACUAAUUACUUACCGAAAAAUAAUAACUCCAUUACACACAUUCCACAAGUAAUUGUAAUGUCCCAUCCGAAAUUGUACUCGCAAUUUCCCUCUCCAAAAACUAUAAAACUUGUACUUUCUUUUCCUAACUUAGGAGUACACUACAGAUCUGUCGAUGAUGCCUAACCUGUUUGUCAAUAAACCCGUCAAAGUCGAUAGUUCUCUCGUAUAUCCCCAUAGCACAAAAAUAGCUUGUAAUGGAAAAGAAAAAAGCGACUCAAACUCACCGCAAAUCGAAGGGCGAAGAAUUCCACAGGAAGGCCAGCAGGACGUCGAAGGGCCCCGUCGGCGACAACCAAACUCAAACCAACAAGCACUUCCAGCGCCCCUCCAAAGAUUUUUCGGAGUAUCCAGAAGCUCCUAGCAGCUCCCACACCUCCACAUUGGCCUCCAUCGCCGAUCUAUCCGACCACCCGCUCUCGCCCACCACCAUAAAAAAAAUCAAAAAAUUCGUGCCGAAAAAGCGGCCCGAAGUCUCCGCCAAACUCCGAAGAGUUUUAACGUCGAAGGUGAAGAAACCGAUGCCGUUCAUUGCGCGCGGCAAACAAUCGACCGGCAAGUACCAGGACGAGUUGAUCUUCGACUACCCGAAGGACAUGUCGCUGUUCUCGUCGAUGCUGGAGAGCAAAGCGUGGCGAAGAGGCCAGCAGAUCACCAGCCUGAAGAAGAACCUCCAAGACAGGAAAUCAUUCUGGCAAACGUUGAACUCCAACCUGCACGAGAGGCUCUUCGUCGAAGACGACGACAAGUACAUCAGCACCUGCAUCGAGGACAUCGAUCCCGAAUACAAGAGGAUCGUUAAAGGUAGACCGAUUGCGGAUAACGUGUCGUUAGGUGACUACAUACAGAUGAACAGGGAUUUGUUGAAAUUGAAAAUCAUGAUCGGUUAUCGCGAAGACGAUCUAGCGUUGGUGAACACCCACUUGAAAACCGAGACCAGAAUGAUCGAAUUGAUCGAAUCGAACUUUCAAAAAUACGUCAAUAUAUUCCUGGAGUUCCUUAAACGCGACUACGAAAUCGCCAACAAUCUAUUGAGCCGCUCCAAUAAAGUAGUCAUCGAGUUGAUGGCGGCCAACGAGGACCACCGCUACGUCUUGCAGAAGCUCCAAGGCAUCAAGAGCCAGCUGUUCAAGUCGGAGGCGCGCUGGCGCCUGGUCAAAUGGUACGAGAAAUUCCUCUACGAAAUAUCCCCCUUGCAUUGGAAGAAGGAGAACACCAACAGCCUGAUGCGCGCCCUCCAGCACAAAUCCUGCCUGGAGCUGUUCGAAGACAUCAACAGCGACACCGACAUCACGCUGGAGGAGAUCGCGGCGACCGUCGAACGCGAAUGCUGCGACGACGAGGACCCGGUGUUGUUCUUCACCGAAACCGGCCAGAUACUCGACUAUUUCAUCUACAUGGAGGAGCAGAACUUCAACAGUUUGCUCUACAACGAAGAGCUCCGGCAACCGUUGGCGUUGAUCAAGGCGGAGAUGCAAUCGGCGGCGCGCAACUUCGACGGCACCAUCGACCACCUGCGCACCUACAUCGACGGCCUCGAGGAGGGCAUCAAGUGGGAGGAGGAGCGCGCCAGGAACCUGGAGCAGAUCGCCCACGAUCUGAUAUUCACGCACUUCAAGAGGAUCAUCGCCACGACGGACGUGCUGAACAUCCACUGCUUCGUCGAGGACGUCUACGAGUCGAUCAUCGAGCGGAACACCACCAACAUGAACGCCAUACAAAUGGCCACCGCCAUCGAGGACUUCUACAUGCGCGAGCUCUUCGUCUUGGACCAGAUUCCGGCUAGCGAAGUGGCUGUGAUACAGACGGUGACGAUACAGAAGACGCAGAAGAUGAUGAUAUUGGCCGAGCAGGCUCGCAAGGCCUUCACCGAGUUGGAUAACACGCUGAGGGGAAUGAAGAAAGGCUACGUUUCGUUCGUGAAGCCUUUGCACAAACCUUUGAUGUUCAGAUCGGCCCCGAAGGAGGAGUACAGGCCGCCCCCGCCGCCGCCGAAGGAGAGGCCUCAGACGCAAUUGGAUUAUCUGGAGCACUUUACCGACUAUUGCAGAUACUACGACAAUCCCAAGGAUUACGGUAUACAAGUAGGCGAUAGUGACGAUGAGAAAGCUUAAUUGUAGAUUUUUAAUGGUAUAUUGUAUACAGGAUGUCCCGAAAUGCCAAUAUUCUAAAUAUUCUAGUCGCAAUAUUUGUAUGUAAAUAUACACAUUUUAUUAAAGUAA